AUGUCUUCUGAUAAUACCAUACCACAAGAAACCAAUAAUCUGCGUGUAAGCUUCAAUACAGACAACGAACAUGAAUACUCCAACUAUUACGCACCUCUCUCACAAAGCUACAACACGAAUAGUGACAUACCACCUCCACAGUCAAUAGAUUACACUGCUUUUCAACGGACUGUCAAUACCACAUCUAACCUGGAUUAUGGCAUACCAACCAACGAUAUCAACGAUCAAUCUCGCUCUCAUGAUUCUGAAAAAGUAGUUGAAGUAGCACCUAAUGAACGUUAUGUUCGUCUCAAUACACUACUGGGUAAAGGUGCUUACAAAGUGGUCUAUAAAGCGAUUGAUCGAGAAGAGGGUUAUGAGGUAGCUUGGAACACGAUGCAAGCUAUGCAAUCUCCCAAUAACAAGGACCUAGAACACGAAAUACAGAUUCUCAAGUCAGUACGCCAUCCGAACAUCAUUGCAUUUCAUGAUGCUUGGUACGGUGAUAACGAAUUCGUGUUUAUUACUGAACUCAUGACGUCGGGUACGCUUCGAGAAUAUAUUCGUAAACUGGCUCCUUUGCCUAAUCUCAAGAUUAUCAAGCGAUGGUCUCGACAGAUUCUGAAAGGUCUUGCUUAUUUACAUGGUCAUAACCCACCUAUUAUUCAUCGAGAUAUCAAGUGCGAUAACAUAUUUAUUAAUGGUGCUCAUGGAGAAGUCAAGAUUGGUGAUAUGGGUACAGCAGAGAUGAAGUUGGGCAAGAAAUACACAUUGAUUGGCACACCUGAAUUCAUGGCACCAGAAAUGUAUGAGGAGCAAGGGUAUAAUGAAAAAGUGGAUAUCUAUGCUUUUGGUAUGUGUCUGUUGGAAAUGGCUACAGGUGAAUAUCCUUAUGGUGAAUGUAAAAAUGCAGCGCAAAUCUAUAAAAAGGUGUCUUCUGGCAUUAAACCUGCUUGCUUGUCUCGAGUACAGAAUCCAGAAGUACUUGGUGUGAUUGACAAUUGCCUUGGAAAUGAACAUGAACGCAUGUCAGCACAAGACAUUCUUGAGCAUUCAUUCCUAGCAGUUGAACCUGAUGUUGUCUUGUUGGCUGCUGAUCCAGACAACAUUCACUUGACAUUGCAAGUUGUCUUUAAAGGCAUGGAUAAACUCUCUGUCAAGUUUGAUUUCAAUGUCGAGACAGACACAGCUGAGGAAGUAGUACGUGAAAUGAUUGAAGAACAAGUUUUGCCUGAACGAUACCAGCACCAUAUCACUAAAGAAAUCAACCGCAUUUUACGUGAUAUUGAAAAACCCUCAGAGUCAGAACAAGCAGAACAAGUGCGUCGAUCUGUCUGGAGAAGGGAAAGUGAUAUUCGAAAUGAACUGGACCGAACAAGGGAAGAGUUAAGCCAUGCCACUGAUCGUGUGUUAGAAGUAGAGCAGAAAUGCAAUGACUUUGAAUCAAGAGCACAAGCAGCUGAAUCAAGGUAUAAAAAUGCAUUGCGUAGUUUAAGAGAACUGGAAGAACUCAAGACUGCUUCCAAUACUGAAAUGUCAGAUACAAUGGCAAAUAUGACACUGAAUGGCGGCCAUCCUGAUGACAAAGAACGAGAGAAAUUAGUGAAUCAUAUUCUAGAUGGUGAGGGAAUCGACAAGAUAGAUAGACAUUAA